AUGACAUUGAGGCGGCUUUCAUUCCAGCAUCUGUCGAUAUCUGCACUUUUCUUUUGUACUUUUUGCAUCAUUGAGCUUGUCAUUGGAUUUCGCAGUUCCUCUCUAGCAUUGCUUGCGGAUGCCUUUCACGUAUCAUAUAACUUGAUUGAAUUAAUUUUCGCGUUGAUCUUCUUCAUCAAAAUACAAGAGUUGGAACGGCAUGGCAUCAGGACUUUAUCCUCAUUGGGAAGUUAUACUUUUGGCUGGGAAAGGAUCGAGAUCCUAGGCGCGUUUUUCAAUGGGGUCUUCCUCCUGGCCUUAUUCACAUCAAUGGCACUUCAGACAAUCAAAAAAUUUAUAGACCCGCGUCCCUUAAUCAAUCCGAUGGACAUGAUUAUUGUACGCCCAUUCCGCUUCAUGAAAGUCGCUCUCCAUUCACUUACACGAGGAUCGCUUCAAUAA